UGUCUUCCUGUCUUCGAACCAGCCUUCGGAAGUCCCCAGAGUCACCGCACGGUGGUAGACCCCAGAGGUCGGCUCUCCAGGCCAGGGACGGUUCGCCGCUGCUUCGCUUCCGCCGCGCGUCCGCCUCCGCUCGCAGUGCGCGCCGUCCGUCCGUCCGUCCGUCCGUCCGUCCUGCCUCCACAGGCAGUCGCAGUGCGCGCCGUCCGUCCGUCCGUCCGUCCGUGCCGCCGCCCGGCGCCUCCGGGACUUGCGCACAGCGCCGCCGCCGCCGCCGCGCAGCCUGCCUCCCCCGCCCCCCCCAGGCCAGCUCGCCCGGCUCGGAGACUGCGCCGCUGCAGCCGCCGCCGCCGCCGCCAGGGGGAGCGAGUCCCCGACGGGAGACGCGCCGGCUCGCUUCCUGCGAACGCGCCUUCCAACUUGAGCUUCCCGCGCCUCCGGCCGCUCUGAAGCGUGGAGAGGAAAGAUGGAGACCGAGUCCCGGGCGCAAACAACAAAUCAGACUCAAACAGAUUCAUUAUCUCCAUCCCCUAAUCCUGUGUCACCUGUGCCUUUGAAUAACCCAAUAAGCGGCCCAAGAUACGGAACUGUGAUCCCUAACCGCAUCUUUGUAGGAGGAAUUGACUUUAAGACAAAUGAAAAUGAUUUAAGAAAAUUUUUCUCCCAAUAUGGGUCUGUAAAAGAAGUGAAGAUUGUUAAUGACAGAGCUGGAGUGUCCAAAGGGUAUGGUUUCAUCACUUUUGAAACUCAAGAAGAUGCACAAAAAAUCUUGCAAGAGGCUGAAAAACUUAAUUAUAAGGAUAAGAAACUCAACAUUGGUCCAGCAAUAAGAAAACAACAAGUAGGGAUUCCUCGUUCUAGUAUAAUGCCAGCUGCUGGAACCAUGUAUCUAACCACUUCAACUGGAUAUCCAUACACUUACCAUAAUGGCGUUGCUUAUUUUCAUACUCCAGAAGUAACUUCUGUCCCACCAUCUUGGCCUUCACGUUCCAUAUCUAGUUCUCCUGUGAUGGUGGCUCAGCCAGUUUAUCAACAGCCUGCAUAUCACUACCAGGCCCCAGCACAGUGUUUACCAGGGCAGUGGCAGUGGGGGGUUCCCCAGUCCCCUGCUUCUUCUGCUCCAUUCCUAUAUCUGCAGCCUUCUGAGGUUAUUUAUCAACCAGUAGAAAUUGCACAAGAUGGUGGCUGUGUUCCUCCUCCACUAUCUUUGAUGGAAGCUUCAGUUCCAGAGCCUUAUUCUGACCAUGGAGUUCAAGCAGCAUAUCACCAGGUUUAUGCUUCAAGUGCCAUUGCUAUGCCUGCACCUAUGAUGCAGCCUGAGCCAAUUAAAGAACCAAGGUUACAUUCUGUGAGAAGAAGCUUUUCUCAGCCUUCAUCAGUGGGUUUGAAACCUCGGUAUUCUCGAAGCCCACACUUUCAUCCUAGAAAAGAUUUCAGAGCAGAGGAUUCAGUUGCCACUCCACCUUCCUGUACUGACUUUGUAAAGUAGACUCUUGGAGAAGUGCUUUGUCUAAAAAUAGAAAAUAACGAGGCGCCUGUGUGCCCUAGUAACAAAUGGGUUUGGGGAUAUGCUUAAGGUUAAAUG